AUGGCAAGAGGAUUGCCGCAGAGCUCCCGUCGUGAAGAACGUCCCGGCCAGGCCCUCGCCGUUCUUACGUCGUCAUUACCGAAUCUCAGCCGCCCAUUUCCCCCACGGCCUCUGCCGCACUCCCCUCCCCAGCAUUCUCGGCCAUCACCACCGUAUCAGCCAAAACCACCGGUCAUGAAACCACCGCCUGUGCCGAAGCCUCCGGUGGUGGAGCCACCACCUUAUGUUGUGAAGCCGCUACCACCACCAGUUGUGUCGCCACCGUAUCAGCCAAAACCACCGGUCGUGAAAACACCGUAUGUGCCGAAGCCUUCGGCUGUGAAGCCACCACCUUAUGUUGUGAAGCCGCCGCCGCCAGUUGUGUCGCCACUGUAUCAGCCAAAACCACUGGUCGUGAAAUCACUGUAUGUGUCAAAGCCUCCGGUUGUGAAGCUACCACCUUAUGUUCCUAUUCCACCGGUUGUGUCCCCACCGUAA